UUUACUCUUGUGAUUUGUUGCAUGGUUCGACCUCUGCCACCAGUUAAAAAGCGUAUCACUUUAAAAACAGCUCUUAAAGCUUUUGGAUUAUUUUGUACAUUCACCGGGAGUGGUCUUUUAGGUUACAAACUAUUUGUAGAAUUACCAUUAUACAAUGGACCAACAAGAGAUCUACAAAAUAAGCCAAUUGUGAUAACACAACCAUGUUCUAAAAUUUCUCGAGAAUUAGUAUAUAAUUUAGCUAAACAAGAUUCACAUCUUAUCUUAGCUGAUAAUCACUGGGAUAAAUGUGAAGAAUUAAAAGAUCGUUUAUUACGUAAAUUUAGUGUUAAAUCUGAUAUGAUUGAAUGUCGUCAUUUAGAAUUAGAUAGAAUGUGA